AUGCUUAUAUCUGCCUCCUUUGUGUCUUACCAGCGCAUGAUCGUUGCAGAACAUCGUGUUACGGCUACAAUGAAAGGUGUUGUUGAUGUUAUGCUCGAGCAGCUUCCUCGUUAUGACACUAAAGCCGUCUAUCAGUAUGAUGAAAGCGUGUUUCAUUUUCUUGUUGAAAAUGAACUUGUGUACGGUUGUGUCACAGGUGUGGAUCACACAAAGCGCGUGGUAUUUGAAUUUUUGUCACGUAUCCGUGAUUUCUUUAAAAAAGAGUUUGCUGGUAGCGAUAGGCGAUAUCCACGACCCUCGGCUAUUUCUUUCAGUGCUUGCAGUAAAUUCGGCGCAGUGCUUUCAGAUAAUAUGCGGUCAUUCAAUGAAACUAAUAGUACAGAUAAACUUGGUGAAAUUAAUAAACUUGUUGAUGAUACGAAGCAUACAAUGUUGGGGAACAUAGACGUGCUAAUUGAUCGCGGGGAGCGAAUUGAAUUAUUGUGUCAUAAGACGGAAGUGCUUAACACCGGAUCCCGUGCUUUUCAGUCCAGUGCUAGGUCGUUAAAGUGGAAAGUGUGUAUGGGAAAGAUGCGGUUUGUUAUUGGGACGUUUUUACUUUUCCUUUUCUUUGCGACCAUAUCUUUCAUUUUCAUUUGCGGCACUAACCUCAAGUGCAAAAAGUAG